AUGGAUUCAACCAACGAGAGCUGCACUAAUUCGAGUUCUUUUCAUUCUGUAUUUAAGUUAAAAGUAAUGAAGAAAUUUAUAAACUGUUUCUUUCCUGAAUACAACAAUUUUAUAGAUGUGGCAAUUUAUUUGCUUAAUAGUGGAUAAAAAAUUUUCAAUUUAGUUUCUACUAUAAAGGUUAUCUGUUUGUCAUAAUAUCAAUAAAGUUAUUAAGUUUAUCAAUUUAUCUUAGAGUGA